UUCGGUGGCAGUGCCGCUAGCUCAGUCGUCUUCAGGGCAGAGUACCCCUAAUGCCACAGCUCGCAACAUAAGUAUCGAUAACUUCGCGGUCUCACUUUACUAAUCUAUCGGUCAUCACUAAGGACAAAACGUAAACAAAGCAAAAAUCUACAAAUAUGGACGGGGAAAAUGGAUUACAUUUGGUGGCUAUCGGUGACCUAGCCAAGCGCUCCCACCCAACCAUGGAUGCCCUCAAGAUGCUGCAGGGCACCACCCAUUCGCAGUCGGCAGGAGCCCCCUCCUCGCGACUACGGCUACGGUUCCAUCUCCCCCACUGGGUAAGCUUAUUCACACAUAGUGGGUAUUACAAAGGUUUAAUAAAUAUGCCUCUAAGACCGAAACCUGUCCGCCGUCUCGGAUAUUUACGCGGUCAAAGCAGAGGAUUUGUUUUGCUGGGAAAGGGUACAGGCGCCGCGGAAAUUAUGCUCUACCAGCCAUGUAUUGCGCGAUGCGCGUGUGUAUGGUCACCUAAUCCUGAGGAGCUCCAAGGGAAAAGAAGGGACAGGCCAAAAAGGCAAACAACGAGGACAAAUAAGGCUCUCGGGUCUAACUCCGGAUAAACUCACAAACAGCCACUGUUGGGCCGGGCCUGGAGGCGAUGAUAGCCCGGGCGGAUGACUUUCUGCCGGCGGCCAGCAGCGAUACGGAUCUCCACACGGGAAAACGGCGCUCUCCGGUGAGUGGUGCACGGGCAGUCCGAGAUUCGGCUGCCAGACAAAAUGGCGAUACUUCUCAGCGCCGCAAUGCGACCGCUGGAAGUUCGCGAGAGGAUGAGGACGCGGUACGCCGGAACGGACUCACCGGGAAAUGUUGACGUCGUCGGCGUCGAUCGUGGAAGGCUUUCCUGGCUGGUCGCUGGCACGGGUCGAACGGACACCGGUUGCUGGGCAGCCAAGUCGGGCUGGUAGGUAUGGCGAAGUAUGGCGAUGUCGGUAAAACUCCAAAUAAAUUCUUCCGGGGCCCUUUGUAUUGGGACCCCGGCUGCCUUUAUAAAUGAUAAAUAUUAAAUACCGAACUACUAUAGAACUUU